UUGGUUGAUGGCGUCGUUUGUUAUUGUUGGAGAGAGUGAAGAUGUAUCAUUCACAAAACCACUUGGGAGAUUGUCUGUGUUUUACUAUGGAGUUGGGCAUAUGCUCAAUGACAUUACUGCUUCGUGUUGGUUCACUUACCUUCUCCUGUUCUUGACUCAGAUUGGUCUCUCGCCAAGGGAUGCUGCCAUCGUCAUGCUCUCUGGUCAAGUUGCUGAUGGUUUUGCUACUGUCUUCGUUGGUGAAUUGAUUGAUAGAUUUGGGCAUUUCAAAAUCUGGCAUGCCGCAGGGUCCCUAUUAGUGGCUAUCUCAUUUUCAUCGGUUUUUGGCGGGUGUUUGCCUUGUACUAUCCUCCAUAGUAACUCUUUAACUCUAGAAACAUUAUCGUACAGCAUGUUUGCAGCUAUCUUCAAUAUAGGAUGGGCAGCUACGCAGGUUUCCCACAUGGCUAUGGUAAAUUACAUUACACUGAACUCAACAAGCAGAGUAGCACUAACAAGCUCCCGUAAUGCGUUUAGCAUGGUUGCUAAUUUAGCCUUAUACGCGAUUGCUUUAGUUGUAUUUGGUGUCAGCAAGGCUGAUACAAAAGAAAACACUGAAUCACAGUAUCGUUGGAUUGCUUAUUCAUGCAUUACCGUUGGCUGCUGCUUUGUGGUCGUAUUUCUUAUGGGGACAAAGGAACCACGGCUGCGUAUAACUCUAAGGGAAACUAACCGAGCAAGAAUACCAUGGGCCUAUUGGUUCCGUAAGAUUCUAUAUUAUCAAGUCGCUAUGGUUUAUCUCCUCACACGACUAGUCUUGAAUGUUUCACAGGCAUAUCUUGCAUUCUUUGUUAUUGAUGACUUGCAAAUGGCUCAAUCCGCUAAAGCUCUGAUUCCUGCAAUAAUCUAUAUCUGCAGCUUCGUUGUGUCGGUUAUGCUUCAGGAGAUUCCUUGGAAUGGGAAACGCCUCAAGGCCUAUUAUUGUGCUGGUGGUAUUAUAUGGAUGUUCUGUGGUGUAUCGGUCCUCUUUUUGCCAAGAAGUAUAAACUCUUUCAUGUAUGCAGUCUCUGUCUUUAUAGGCAUAGCAAAUGCAUUGAUUCUGGUGACGGCAAUUAGUAUGCAGAGUGUGUUGGUUGGUUCAGAACUUGGCGGAUGUGCUUUCGUUUGUGGGUCUUUAAGUUUCUUAGAUAAAAUGUCAUGUGGCAUUGCUUUAUAUGUUCUUCAGUCACACAAAAGCGGGACUUCACCAGAAGUUGUUGUUAACAGCACACACAGUUUUGACUUUUCGGUGACAAGAUAUGGAUUAGGACUUGUCCCAGCUGUAUGCUCUUUUAUUGGAGUCGUUGUCACGUAUUUUAUGGAACUUGAUGGCACAAUAGUUAAGCCUCUGUGCCAACCGUUGCUACUUGAGUGAACAGAAAGGAAAAAGUCCCUUUGGUGAAACAAUUAAAAUAAUAAACACUCUGUUUCAGUUAGAGUCUUUUUAAUGUCUUUCUAGUUUAGAAAGUAUAAAUCCUUGUUGUUUUCUUCAUUGUUAGUUAACUUAUGGAUUUGGAUUUGGAUCGAGUCGUAUGACUUAAGGAGAAGAUCGUCUGGGUUAUGUCAGCGAUUACUCAGAUUCAAAUCCAAGAGUGUAA